AUGGUGAUAGCAAAAAAUAAGCAAUUGAAGCCACAAAUGACUGCUACCGCAAAGAAUAUGGAUUACACUUGGACAGCUGGCUCAGAGCCCCCAGCCAACAAACAGGAUGUGGGUGUCCCUAGGGCAGUAUUUAUUCCACAUUCAAACUCAUUACCAUUUGAAGAAAGGCGAGUGACGUUAGAAGAGCCAGUUAAGAUCGGCAGAUACGUCUACCGCGGCUCACCCUGUCCGACCAACACGAUUUUCGACUGUCGAGUACUCUCGCGGCAUCACGCUACACUCUACUAUGAUAAGGGGCAUUUCUACCUUGUGGACAACCAAAGCAGCAAUGGCACAUUCAUCAACAACAACCGGUGUGCCUUCGUCAAAGAGCCGCAAGAGGUCUUCUCUGGAGACGUCGUGCAGUUCGGCAUACCGGUCGUGGAGAACACUGGCAACUCGGAGAAGAACACCUUCCCACCGGUGGUAGCCAUGUUAAUGCUGUACCAUCCAGACGGCACAGAGGCGAAGUUACAUCUCAACGAAUUGUAUCAACUGAAUAACUAUGUACAAGAAGCGAUCCAACGCGAGGCAUCCCUCGAGAGCCGCCUGCGCACGCUCCGCGAAUGCGUGGAGAGUACGCGCUCAGAGGCGCAGUCCGCGUGGGAGCUGUUCGUUGGCGAGCAGCGGCUGCUGAUGCGGGUCCACACCCUCGAAUCGAUGCUCGCCGCCGGCAAACACCCCGACACGCAACACGUCGCCCAACUCCUCACUGACAAGAAGAACUAUCAGGAGGUUGCCCUAGAAAGCUUACGAACCGCCCACGAACAGAGACUAGCGCUGGAAGAGAGUCUCGAACGGCGAAGCAGAGAAGCAGCAGCAUUACAGAAGCAUAACUGCGCGCUGCGCUUGGCUGCUAACAAUGCGCUAGCUGAACUACAGAAAUUAGCAGCGCGAUGCGAACGCAAGAUGUGUGCGGCCCGACUCGCUAUCUCUACGGCAGAGGAACGGGAGAACACGCUAAGGAAACGACUGCCGCUCACCUAUUCAGUACAAAACGGCGAAGCGAAGAUGUUGGUUCUGAGUACGGACAGCAACAAGAUUCAAGAAGCGAAACGCAAUAACUCGUUGGAGGAGGCCGUGCGUUCAUUGCCAGAUUAUAUUAAAUUGUUGUUACCUCAUGCGCUUCUCAACAAGGUCGGAAUAAAUGCUGUAUCAGCUGAUGGGAAGUCAGCUAAAGACAUCGACUUAAUACUAAAGAAGAAUCUGAUCAAUAACUCUGACAAUAACGCAGAAAAGCAACAAGAAGAGGAGAGUGUGGGCUCGAGCGGGGAAAAGACAACGGAGACUAACUCUUGCGGCGAUGAAGAGACUACGAAGCUUAACAAUGAUAUAGACAAUGAGAAGACAUGUAUUACAGACGGGGACAACGGAGAGACCGCGCCGGACGUCGACCUGUCUCCAGACAACAACGCCAACUCCACCUUCACGGAUGACAAUCGAGAGGAGUCACCGGCGAAAGCCGGCGUGGAGUACGCGAACAUUCUCCGCGUAAUGGCCGGUCUAAACGAAGAGAUCAAAGCGCUGAGGGAACGCCUGGCCGCCAGCACAUCCGAGAACGAGCAGCUGCGCAACAUUCGCGACGAGCUGCUAGCCACCAAAGAGACGGUAGAUCAGCCGGAGACCCACGACGCGGCGGCCUAUAGGGCGACUAUCGCCGAUCUGCAGGCUCAACUAACUCGCUCGAACGUGGCCGAAGAAUCGAACCUCGCGGAGAUAAAGCGGUUAGCAACAAACGCGGCAGAGAUGCAAGCGGAGCUCGCGUUCCGUCCGACGCGCUCCGACAUCGACGACCUGACAGCGGUCGUCGGCAACCUUCGCGCGGAGGCGCUAGAAAAGGACAGACUGAUCAAACAGCUCGAAGCGUCCAUAGACAAGCAGAGGGCCACGCUCGAGAAGGCCACAGAGACGUCGCGAUCCCUAGAAGACCUUACGGACGAAACCAUAGACACGAAGAGAAUCUCCGCUGACAUAGACGAGAUGUUCCAUCUCGAUUACGAUGACGACGACACGGACUCGACAGCGACGGAGAUCAACAAGGAUCUGGAUGUUGACAGCAAGCGCAGUGACGUCACGCUCAGCGAGUACGUCCGUAUUGAUGACGAGCAGCGGCUGCAGGUCAGCAUGCAGAACGGCACGCUGCACGCGCUUGAGGAGGAGCUCGUUCGCGCCAAAGAGAGGUGGGCGGAAGUGUCCGCGGAGAGAGCGCGUCUCGCCGCGCAGCUGGCGACGCUGCAAGACAAGCCGCUCAGGAUAGACGUCACCCACGUCGCAGCGCUCGCCGUCCCCAUAAUCGUCGCGUGCCUCUACUACGCCCUGCUCCCCUAUAUCUCUUGA